AAAUAUUAUAAAUAGUAAAUACCUGUAUAGUGUAUAAAUAUUAUGUGAAUAUUAGCACAUACACACACGCCCGCACGAACAUUUUAAACACACGCAUAAAUUAUACAUACAUGUAAUAAUAAUAAUAAUAAAAAAAACCAUUUACCUCUUUUAACUACAAUUUCUAUUGUUUGAACUACGUUCAUGACUAAUUAGUGAUACCGUUAGUCUUAUUUCCGUUUUACAUAACUUUUAAGUGCACUCGAAUACCAUAUACGAUGAUCAAAUAAAGUUAAUAGGUUAUUUGUUUUUCAGAAAUCCUUUAAUAUAAAUUUCUGAUAUUUGUUAUGUUGAAAACUGACCGAAUGUUUAGUGUAAACCGUUGAAAAAAUAAACUGCUUUUUAUUAUUUUUUUAUAUUUUUAUGAUUCUUUAGUAUUUUGUGCAAUGGAAGAUUAUAAAUUUUUAUUUAAAGUAGUACUAGUUGGUAAUGCAGGUGUCGGCAAAACUUGUUUGGUUCGUCGAUUUACACAGGGGAUGUUUCCUCCAGGUCAAGGUGCAACAAUAGGUGUGGAUUUUAUGAUAAAAACAAUUGAAAUAGACAAUGAAAAAGUCAAACUUCAAAUUUGGGAUACAGCAGGACAAGAAAGAUUCCGUUCUAUUACCCAAAGUUAUUAUCGAUCUGCACAUGCUUUAAUAUUAAUUUACGAUAUAACAUCUCAGCCAACAUUUGAUUGCCUUAAUGAUUGGCUUCGUGAAAUCGAUGAAUAUGCAAAUAAUAGAGUAUUAAGAGUUUUAGUUGGUAACAAAAUAGACAAAGAAGACCGUGAAAUUCCUUCUCAUGUUGGUCAAGAUUUUGCUCAAAGGCAUGAUAUGCGCUAUUUAGAAACAUCAGCAAAACAAGCAGACAACGUAGAAAAAUUAUUUAUUCAAAUUGCUUCAGAAUUGAUGGAGCAAGCUAAAUCCAAAGGAAUAUCUUCAGACAGUCCACAGUCUUUACCAUUCAACACUAGAACAUCUAAAUCUAUCAAUGAUUACUGUUGUAAUCGUUGAAACCAUAAUAAUCAGUAUUUAUUAUUAUUGUCAUUGAUAUUUAACUGAGCUUAUCACAGGGUAAAUUGUAAUCAAACUAAUACUUUACCUAAAAUCAAUCCAAUAAUAAUAUUUUCAACAAAUAAAAGUUACCUAACAGUAACAUGAUGAGCAAAAGUAAUUAGUAUUAUAGUUUUAAUUUUAACUCCAAUUCAAGUUAAUAUUUUUAUGUUUCAUGGUUGUAUAAAGUAUCGUCAUACAAAUUAAAUGUAUGUGCAUCCAAAAGAAAUGUGCUCAAAUAUAAUAUGAUCAUCAAAUAAUUUAUCCUAUCAACCCUACUAAUCAGUAUUUUGAUCAAAAUUAAUUGUGUUUUUUUUUUUUUACAACCUAGUUGUAUUUUUCAAGUACCUAUUAUUAUAA